AUGUUGGUCCAAGACCGUCCAGGACCCAAAUCACCGAAGCACGCUCACUCUUCUCAGAUCAGAGCCUCACUCUCUUUCGCUCCAAAUCUCGAUUUCUCCACAUGGGUCUCCGAGAAUCUAUACAAGAUCGUCACCGUCGUGCUUCUCAUAGCCACAGUCGCCGUCCUCUUCGUGCUUCGAAACAUCGGAGACACCGCUGCUUUGCUCUGCUUCGAAACCCAAGCCCAGGCUCUCGAGAAGAUUCGAUUGCCGCAGCUCGAAUCGAAUAUCAAGCCCAUCUCCGACACGUCGUCUCCCUACGCGAGUUUCCGAUCUGAGAAGUGGAUUGUCGUUUCAGUCUCUAAUUACCCAACUGACUCGCUCAGAAAGCUUGUGAAGCUCAAAGGGUGGCAGGUCUUGGCAAUUGGGAACUCGAAAACGCCGUCGGAUUGGAGCCUCAAAGGUUCUAUCUUUCUGUCCCUUGAACAACAAGCUCAAUUGGGUUUUAGAGUUUUGGAUUAUUUGCCUUAUGAUUCGUAUGUUAGGAAGAGUGUGGGUUACUUGUUUGCGAUCCAACAUGGCGCGAAGAAGAUCUUCGACGCUGAUGAUCGCGGGGAGGUGAUUGAUGAUGACUUGGGAAAACAUUUUGAUUUAGAAUUGACGGGAGAGGGUGCUAGGCAAGAGAUUAUAUUGCAAUAUAGCCAUGAGAAUCCUAAUAGAACCAUUGUGAACCCAUACAUUCAUUUUGGGCAACGCUCAGUUUGGCCGAGAGGUUUGCCAUUGGAAAAUGUUGGUGAACUUGGCCAUGAAGAUUUCUACACUGAGAUUUUUGGAGGAAAGCAGUUUAUACAACAGGGCAUAUCAAAUGGACUUCCUGAUGUCGAUUCUGUGUUUUAUUUUACACGAAAAUCGAGUUUGGAAGCCUUUGAUAUAAGGUUUGAUGACCAUGCCCCGAAAGUGGCGUUGCCGCAGGGUACGAUGGUUCCUGUUAAUUCUUUCAAUACAAUUUACCAUGUAUCGGCGUUUUGGGGUUUGAUGCUUCCUGUUUCAGUUAGCACGAUGGCUUCUGACGUAUUGAGGGGAUAUUGGGGGCAGAGGCUUUUGUGGGAAAUAGGUGGAUUUGUUGUAGUUUAUCCCCCAACUGUUCAUAGGUAUGAUAGAAUUCAGGCGUACCCAUUUUCUGAAGAGAAAGAUCUUCAUGUCAAUGUGGGACGUUUGAUCAAAUUUUUGGUUUCAUGGAGAUCAAGUAAGCAUAGGCUGUUUGAAAAGAUUUUGGAGUUAAGUUUCGCUAUGACAGAAGAGGGGUUUUGGACUGAGAAGGAUCUGAAGUUUACUGCUGCGUGGCUUCAGGACUUGAUUGCGGUUGGGUACCAGCAGCCUAGAUUAAUGUCAUUGGAAUUGGAUCGGCCACGGGCAAAUAUUGGUCAUGGGGAUACAAAAGAGUUUAUCCCGCAAAAGUUUCCAUCUGUUCAUCUUGGAGUUGAGGAAACAGGGACAGUGAACUAUGAAAUUGGAAAUUUGAUUAGGUGGAGGAAGAAUUUUGGGAAUGUUGUGCUUAUCAUGUUUUGCAGUGGACCGGUGGAACGUACUGCUCUGGAAUGGAGAUUGCUCUAUGGGCGGAUAUUUAAGACUGUGAUCAUUUUGUCAGAGCUAAAGAACCCUGACCUUGCUGUUGAAGAAGGCCAAUUGGAUUAUGUAUACAAGUACCUGCCCAAAAUAUUUGAUCGAUAUUCCGGUGCGGAUGGAUUUUUAUUCCUUCAGGACAAUACUAUUCUUAAUUACUGGAAUCUUCUACAAGCAGACAAAACUAAAUUGUGGAUUACAAAUGAGGUAUCCAAGUCUUGGACUACUGUUUCCACAAAAGACAACUCGGAUUGGUUUUCAAAGCAAGCAGGCAUGGUGAAGAAGGUUGUUAGCAUGAUGCCAGUUCACUUCCAAGUCAGUUACAAGAACUCUGUAACUAGUGGCAAGAGCAUCACGGUAUGUAGUUCUGAGGUAUUCUACAUACCUCGUCGGUUUGUAGCUGACUUCACCGACCUUUUUAAUCUAGUUGGAAAUCUAGAAAUUCAUCACAAGGUUGCCAUUCCAAUGUUCUUUCUAGCAAUAGAUUCACCUCAGAAUUUUGACUCAGUGUUUAGUACAAUGAUCUAUGAAGAACAACCACCUUCUACCAAUUCUUCAUCCCUUUAUUCAGCUAAAGUACCUGCCGUUCAUCCGUGGAAUGUGUCAAGCGAACAAGAUUUCAUAAAACUAAUAAGAACAAUGGCAGAAGGUGACCCUCUCUUAAUGGAGUUAGUUUGA